CUAAAUCCACCCCUGCAGAAAAUGAACCGCUUCACUGUGGCAUUGUGGCAGAUUGUGCACAGGAGACUGAGAAUGAGAAAGGAAGAAUAACUGCAUAUUAAUGAUGUGCAUUAGGAAAUCCAGCCUUAACCACAAUGCAGAUAUAUUUGCAUGAGCAGAAGUAAGCUACCUAGCUAACGUUACGCUGAUAAACCGUUGUUGUUUUCUGUGACACGCACAGACUGGGAUCAUGUGUGGAAGGACAGCCUGCACCCUCGCCCCUGAUGAGCUCCGGCGCGCUUCUCGGUACCGAGACCGGUCUGGAAAGCGGCGCCGGCCUCAGUGGAGGGACGGCGAUGCGGAAAAAUACCGGCCCUCCUACAACAAGAGUCCUCAGUCCUUCAGUCCGGUUCUGCUGUCCGGCAGACACUUUAAUAAGGAAGCCGCAGUGGAUGAGUGCGUGCUGGCGACGAUGCGGUGGGGUCUGGUGCCCGCGUGGUUCAAGCAGAGAGACCCGAACAAGAUGCAGUUCAGCACCUCCAACUGUCGCAGCGAGAGCUUGCUGGAGAAAAAGUCUUACAAGGAACCUCUGUUGAAAGGGCAGCGUUGUGUCAUUCUAGCCGACGGCUUCUACGAGUGGAAGAGGCUGCAGAAGGAAAAGCAGCCUUUCUUCAUCUAUUUCCCCCAGAGCCAGGGAGAUAAGCAGGAUGGGGACGAGGUAAAGAUGGAAAAUGAUGAACAGUGUGAAGGAGAGGCAGGGGACACUAAAAAGCGCAGCAAGUGGACAGGAUGGCGUCUGCUCACCAUGGCGGGGCUGUUUGACUGCUGGACUCCCCCUGAUGGUGGGGAGGUUCUUUACACCUACACCAUCAUCACUGUGAACGCCUCACCAGACCUGCAGAGCAUCCAUGACAGGAUGCCGGCCAUUCUGGAUGGAGACGAGGAGGUGAGACGAUGGUUGGAUUUCGGGGAUGUGCGCUCGCUGGAAGCUCUUAAGUUGCUUCAGUCUAAAUCCUGCCUGACCUUUCACCCCGUCUCUUCAAUCGUCAACAACGCGCGCAACAACUCCCCCGAGUGCCUGCAGCCGCUGGGCCGUGCCGCCAAGAAGGUUCCUGUUAAGGCAUCGGCCAGCAGCAAGAUGAUGGUGAGCUGGCUGAAAAAUGGCUCUCCCAGUAAGAGGAAAGAGCUUGAUGAUGCCGAAACGGAUGAAAAGCCUCCGUCUGGGAAGCAGCAGUCCAAAGCCGUGGGGCCGCCACUGCAGCAGUGGCUGCUGGGAAGCGGGGCCAGUAAGAGACCAAGAACAUAAAGCUCCCGAACAUUGAUAGUUAAAUAUGUUGGCAGCACUGAAUGCUACUGUAAUUUGUUUGCAUCAGAAUGUACAAUGGCUGAAUGAAUGAAUGCUCUGUUAGAUGUUCUGCUUUUUUUUUUUUUUUUUGCUUCCUGAGACGCUGAGUAUUUUUAAAGCCACGCAUUCACAAUAACACAGAUCCUGCAGUGCAUCUUCUGUGCCUAUUGUCUUAUGUGAUUUUUACUCGAAUUUCACGACAGUUUGUUUGCAGUUUUACAAAAGUGGAGAGAGACCGUGCAGUUAAAAUCUACCGCACGUGUGUUUUAUGAUUCCAUUAUUUUACUAGGAAAGGACAGAUGAUUAGCCCCUAUACUUGGGUGGAUUGGUUAAAGGGAGACAGUGUUAAAACCGAAAUUUAUUAUCUAUAAUAAAAUAGAAAGCCUCAGAACAGAGAGAAGGUUUCAUUUUAAUACUUGAGCUCCAGUGCAAAACUAGCGGAGGAACAUCAUCAUACGAGCGAGAGGCAAAUGAAAAACGUAUUUUUAUGUUGUGUUAUUGCUAUUGCGUUAUUAUAGGUGUCACAAAAGUGUAUCAGGUUUGAGGUGGCAGUAAAAGGGACUAUAGUGAACAGUGGAGCAGUAUUACAAUUUCCUUUUGCAACUUCAAAUUUAAUUUACUUUUUCUUUAAUUUGUUGUUAAACAACUUCUGAUCGUUACUUGCCUACUAAAAAUCAGAGAAUUUGCAGACUGAGCUGUUCGCCUUAACCUAAAAUGUUCAGUGCCUGUCGACCGUCACAAUGACGCACUAUGCAUAUGAAAUCUUGUAGACCCAAGAGUACACACGCUCACUUCAUUAAAAUAAAAAAUAUAAAUAAAUAAAAA